GGCACACAGCUCCACAGGUAGGUCUCCGUCACAGUGCCACGAUAUUCUCCCUCCGUCCCACGCCAACAGCUCGUCCUCUCCGUCUGCUUGAUUCUGCUCUAGCCUCAGACCGGCCGUCGCUCUAAAAAGAUCAUUACGCACACAAUCUGCUGGUACCUGUAUGCUGCAAUCCUACCCUGCCUUGUCUUUUUGCAUCACCUAAGAAUGCCCCCCCCCCCCCCCCCCCUCCCCCCCAACGGCCAUCGCUGUUGUCCUACUUCGCCAGCGAUGAGCACCGCCUGGUAUUCGCUCCCCUUGCUGUGCGAAACCGUGUGCCCAAACCUUGACGUAACUCGUAGAUUUGGACAGCGCAAUUACUUAAGCUAUUUGUAUUCGGAUCUGAUCCAACCCUGGUGGUCAGCUGGACUCAUCGCCCAUGGAGCACACUAAGUCAGGCCCCAGCAGUUGGCCAGAACUGGCCGACGUGGUGCCGGUGCCGCAGGACGAUGGGCCUAGCCCUGUGGUGUCCAUCGCCUAUCGAGAUGACUUUCGUGAGGUCAUGGAUUACUUCCGCGCCCUCUACCUCACCGGUGAGCGAAGCCCUCGCGCUCUCCGCCUCACCGCCGAGGCCAUCGAGCUCAACCCCGGCAACUACACUGUCUGGCAUUUCCGGCGCCUUAUUCUGGAGUCACUAGAUUUUGAUUUACUAGAGGAGAUGAAAUUUGUCGAAAAAAUUGCUGAAUGCAAUCCAAAAAAUUACCAAAUCUGGCACCAUAAGAGAUGGCUUGCUGAGAAAUUAGGACCUGGUAUUGCAAACAAAGAGCAUGAAUUCACAAUGAAGAUACUUGCUAUUGAUGCAAAAAAUUAUCAUGCUUGGUCUCAUAGGCAGUGGGUUCUUCAAGCGUUGGGGGGAUGGGAGACUGAAUUAGAAUACUGUGACCACUUACUUAAGGAAGACGUCUUCAAUAAUUCAGCUUGGAAUCAGAGAUACUUUGUUAUAACAAGAUCACCAUUUCUUGGUGGCCUUGCGGCAAUGCGUGAUUCAGAAGUAGACUACACAAUUGAAGCUAUUCUAGCAAACGCUCAGAAUGAAAGCCCCUGGAGGUACCUCAAGGGUCUAUACAAGGGUGAGAAUAACCUGCUAGUAGAGGACGAGCGCAUCUCUGCUGUUUGUUUCAAGGUCCUGAAGAAUGAUUGGACUUGUGUAUUUGCUUUGAGUUUGCUGCUCGAUCUUCUCUGCACUGGUUUGCAGCCUUCAGAUGAACUUAGGUCCACUCUUGAAACAAUAAGGAGCUCCCAUCCUGAAACCGCGGAUGAUGAUCCUGCAGCCGCUGUUUGCUGUAUCCUGCAGAAAUGUGAUCCCCUGCGGGUAAAUUAUUGGUCUUGGUUCAAGGACACUCUUUCUCAGAUCUCAUGACUUCACAUGGGUUCACCCCUUGUCCGCGCUGGUCCGGGCUCUGUGAGAUAGACAUGUUUUAGAUAGUUUCAUUGGACACCCAAACAGAGCGGACAGAGUGUAUGGCUGCUACCUUCUCCGUGACUGAAAGCAGUGCUUGUAACGAUUUUGUUUAGUAAAAUUUGUGAGUGUUACUGCUCCAAACAACACCUUAUGCAACCAUAUUUGAAUAUUUCACAUGUAAGCUUGAAUCCAGGUGUGUUUGUUAAUGUAUUACAAUUGCCAUGGGAGCCUAAAUGAGACCCAUAAUCA